AUGAACGCUGUGAAGGAGGUGUCCAAAGCAACUUUGUCAGUGUAUGAAGUGCAACUGCAGGUGCUGCGCCUUAGUACUCCUCGAAUGGUAGCUUUGAUAGAAAUGGCAAUUCAGCAAGGCACCAGCGUGCUGAUUGAAAACUUGGAGACAUCCGUCGACCCCGUUCUGGCUCCUGUUGUAGGACGCCAAACCAUCCGGAGAGGCCGGUCUCAAUAUCUCAAACUGGGGGACAAGGAAGUUUCUUACAAUGCCAAUUUCAGGCUCAUUCUGCAGACACGGCUGUCUAAUCCACACUAUCCUCCUGAACUUCAGGCUGAAUGCACGCUUAUAAAUUUUACAGUUACUGAGAAAGGUCUGGAAGACCAGCUUCUGGACUUGACGAUGCAGAAGGAACAGCCGAGGCUCUUCCAAAGGAGGAUUCACCUUGUGCAGCAGCAAAAUGAAUUUACUAUUCUCCUCGCGGAGCUCGAAAAUACUCUUUUGAGGGAUAUAUCAUCUGCCGAAGGGGACGUUUUGGAAAACAUUGAGCUAAUUCAAAACCUAGAGAAAACGAAGCGAGUCACCACAGAAGUUUCUGAGAAGGUUGCCCUCGCAAAAAUAACUGAAGAGAAACUGAAUGCGAUUUCCGAAAUGUAUAGGCCUGUAGCGCGCCGAGGAGCCAGGCUAUUCUUUUUGUUAGCUCAGCUUUUCAAAAUCCACAGUUUUUACUUGUUUUCUAUGGAGUCGUUCGUGGCAGUGAUAAACAGGGCAAUCGACUCCAUUUCAGAGAAACCCCAGACGGGAGGGGAGGACGAAGACGAGUCCGACGCAAAGGACGGAGCGGUACUCGCAGAAGCAGGACCAGACGACAGCAAACUGAGUGCCAACCACCCUGCGGCAGAACAAACCUGUGACCGUGCUGACCCUGCUGCUACAGAUGAUUCAACAGAAGAGAAUCACGAAAAAACUACGACUCGGGAGACAGAAGGCCAAGAUGCACCGUCGGAUGGUCAGUCCAGCUCAUCAGACGCUGGCAAAGCACACGGCGAAGAAACCGAAGGGCCCAAGGGAGAGGUACAGCCUGCAGAUCAACUGCUGGAAUCUCCCGAUCGAAGCGCUGCAGACGAAUAUGGAAAAACUGAAGAGGCUGAGGAAGAAGACGAGAAGGACGAGGAGCAAAAUUCGGUCACAGAGGAAGAGGUUCGUCUGCUGUCUCAGGUUCGCCCUGACCCAACGGCGCCUCCUAUGCCAGAGGCUGCUCGUGGAUGGCUUUCCAGUUCGCAGUGGGCCUGCUGUCGAUCCUUGGAGCAACUGAAGUCAUUCAAAAAUAACCAAAUAUCCUUGUUACAAAACUUCGAUCAAGACUCUCUCGGAUGGGCUAGGUGGAUGGCUGAGGAUACUCCAGAAAACGCUGAUCUGCCACGGCUAUUCAAAGGAAUCAGCGAAUUUGAAAAGCUCCUUCUUUUGCGAUACCUUAGGCCAGAUAGGAUGAUUUCUGCACUGCAGCAGUUUGUCUCUGGGCAACUGGGGCACUUUUUUGUGGAGCCUCCUACCACAGACUUGCAAGAGAUCGAAAAAGAGGCAGACAAAUUCACUCCGUUGUUCAUUGUCCUGUUUCCUGGUGUUGACCCCACACCCGUACUAGAAAUAACCGCAAGAUCCAAAGGAUGCACAGCUGACAAUGGCAAAUUUGUUAAUAUCUCCAUGGGCCAGGGCCAAGAAGAGCGUGCGCUCGCCGCUGUCCAGGAAGCAGCACAGUCGGGUGGUUGGGUUGUCCUGCAAAACGUGCACCUCAUGCAGGAGUGGCUCAAGGCAAGCAAGUACGCUACAAUUCCCUUCGAAGAUAUUCGGUACAUUUUGGGAGAGAUCAUGUACGGAGGCCAUAUAACGGAUGGGUUUGAUCGGCGUUUGAAUAACACCUACCUGGCAAACUUGAUUCUGCCUGAAGUGCUCCAAAGUUUUCAGCUCGGGCCUUCUUUCAGAACGCCUGACCCAGCCAAGACUGAAUUCGCUGCAUACCAAAAGUUUGUCGAGGAGAAGACGCCGCCAGAGAACCCUCAGGAGGUCUCUGGAGUUGCUGGAAGUGGAAGUUCUACAGGUCGGAAGGAGGAUACUGUGUUGACUAUGGUAGAUUCUUUGCUGGGGACAGUGCCCAUUCCAUUUGAUGUAGCUGCCAUCCGAUCGAAAGUUAGGGAAUUUCAUCCUGCAACUGUCGUGUGUCUGCAAGGUGCAUUAAACGUGACAGACGCAAUGGAGCAACUGGAAGCUUCUCUUAACAUGAGCAGGGUCCCUGAAGCUUGGAAGCCUUACGCUUAUGAAUCGCGCAAGCAGCUAGGGCCUUGGGUAAACGACUUGCUGCAUCGAGUGAAGCAAUUGGAGGAGUGGAGCACAGACUUUACUCUUCCCUGCCCAUUGUGGAUUUCCGGUCUCUUUAACCCGAUGUCCUUCCUAACGGCUGUCAUGCAGGUGCGUGCCCGAGCAGAAUCUCUUGCUCUGGACCGCAUGUGCUUGCGGUGGACAGUGACAAACAUAAGGUAUGGAGCUGCAGUAGCAGGAGCGCAGGGAGGAGCAAGCCAGCAGCAGCCUCUGUCUUCCCCGGAAACUGGGGUGCUCAUCCAUGGGCUUUUCUUAGAAGGUGCAGCUUGGGAAGAGGGCAAGGGAGAUGUUGAAGGCAAUCUGACACAAGCGCAGCCAAAAGUCUUGCAGUAUCCGAUGCCAGUAUUCUUAGUGGAAGCCAUACCAACUGCUGAAAUCGACAACACUGCAAUGUACAGCUGCCCUGUUUAUCUCACAUCAGCAAGGGGGCCCACAUAUGUGACCACUGCAAAUCUGAGAAUGAGUGGCGACGAUUCGGAGCGUCGUUGGAUUCUUGCGGGAGUGGCGCUCACAAUGGCGACUGAUGCAUGA